GAGGAAGUAAGAGAGGGGCUGUUGCAAGAGGAACUAGGGCCAGGAGUCUAUGAAGAAGGAAUAAGUGAGGGAGCAGAGCCAUGCCAGAGCCAUCCCCAAGAACCCGCUGAGCCUACACACCUGUCUUUACUCACAGGAACCCAGAUACCUACCCUCAACAUGGGCAGCAAGGAGCGCUUUCACUGGCAGAGUCACAAUGUGAAGCAGAGUGGUGUGGAUGACAUGGUGCUGCUGCCCCAGGUCACUGAGGACGCCAUCGUGAGCAACCUCCGCAAGCGCUUCCUGGAUGACUACAUCUUUACAUAUAUUGGCUCCGUGCUAAUCUCUGUCAACCCCUUCAAGCAGAUGCCCUACUUCACUGACCGGGAAAUUGAUCUCUACCAGGGUGCGGCCCAGUAUGAGAAUCCUCCACACAUCUAUGCCCUCACUGACAACAUGUACCGGAAUAUGCUGAUCGACUGUGAGAACCAGUGUGUCAUUAUCAGUGGGGAAAGCGGAGCUGGGAAGACAGUGGCUGCUAAGUACAUCAUGGGCUAUAUCUCCAAGGUGUCUGGCGGGGGAAACAAGGUCCAGCAUGUCAAAGACAUAAUCCUACAGUCAAACCCACUGCUUGAGGCUUUCGGCAAUGCCAAGACCGUGCGCAACAACAAUUCCAGCCGCUUUGGCAAGUAUUUUGAGAUCCAGUUCAGCCGAGGUGGAGAACCAGAUGGAGGCAAGAUCUCCAACUUCCUACUGGAGAAGUCUCGUGUGGUCAUGCAGAAUGAGAAUGAAAGGAAUUUCCACAUCUACUACCAGCUUCUGGAAGGGGCCUCCCAGGAGCAGCAGCAGAACCUAGGACUUAUGACACCAGACUACUAUUACUACCUCAACCAAUCAGACACCUACAAGGUGGAAGGCACUGAUGACCGGAGUGACUUCAGUGAGACCCUGAAUGCCAUGCAAGUCAUUGGGAUUCCGACCAGUGUGCAGCAGCUUGUCUUGCAGCUCGUGGCAGGGAUCUUGCACCUGGGGAACAUCAGCUUCUGUGAAGAAGGGAAUUAUGCUCGUGUGGAGAGCGCAGACCUCUUAGCCUUCCCAGCCUACCUGCUGGGCAUAGACAGUGGUCGGCUGCAAGAGAAGCUGACCAGCCGUAAGAUGGACAGCAAAUGGGGUGGCCGAAGUGAGUCCAUUGACGUGACCCUCAAUGUGGAACAGGCAGCCUACACUCGUGACGCACUGGCAAAGGGACUCUAUGCCCGCCUCUUCGACUUCCUGGUGGAGGCUAUCAACCGUGCUAUGCAGAAGCCUCAGGAAGAGUACAGCAUCGGUGUGCUGGACAUCUAUGGCUUUGAGAUCUUCCAGAAAAAUGGCUUUGAGCAGUUCUGCAUCAACUUCGUCAACGAAAAACUGCAACAGAUUUUUAUUGAGCUCACCCUGAAGGCAGAGCAGGAGGAGUAUGUGCAAGAGGGCAUCCGCUGGACCCCCAUCGAAUACUUCAACAACAAAGUCGUGUGUGACCUCAUCGAAAACAAGCUGAACCCCCCAGGCAUCAUGAGCGUGCUAGACGACGUGUGCGCCACGAUGCAUGCCACCGGCGGCGGCGCAGACCAGACGCUGUUGCAAAAGCUACAAGGGGCAGUGGGCACCCACGAGCACUUCAACAGCUGGAGCGCGGGAUUUGUCAUCCAUCACUAUGCAGGCAAAGUCUCCUAUGACAUCAGUGGCUUCUGUGAGAGGAAUCGAGAUGUACUGUUCUCUGACCUUAUAGAACUGAUGCAGUCCAGUGACCAGGCCUUUCUACGGAUGCUCUUUCCUGAGAAGCUGAAUGUAGACAAGAAGGGUCGCCCCAGUACUGCUGGCUCCAAGAUCAAGAAACAAGCCAAUGACCUGGUGUCCACACUGAAGAAGUGCACACCCCACUACAUCCGCUGCAUCAAACCCAACGAGACCAAGCGGCCCCGGGACUGGGAGGAGAGCAGGGUGAAGCACCAGGUGGAGUACCUGGGCCUGAGGGAGAACAUCAGAGUACGAAGGGCAGGCUUUGCUUAUCGUCGACAGUUCUCCAAGUUCUUGCAGAGGUAUGCCAUUCUGACACCUGAGACAUGGCCACGGUGGCGUGGAGAUGAACGCAAGGGUGUCCAGCACCUGCUUUGUGCUGUUAACAUGGAGCCAGAUCAGUACCAGAUGGGAAGUACCAAAGUCUUUGUUAAGAACCCAGAGUCGCUUUUCCUCCUGGAAGAGAUGCGAGAGAGGAAGUUUGAUGGCUUUGCCCGCACCAUCCAGAAAGCCUGGCGACGCCAUGUAGCAAUCCGAAAGUACGAGGAGAUGCGGGAAGAAGCUUCUAACAUCCUAUUGAACAAGAAGGAACGCAGGCGAAACAGCAUCAACCGGAACUUUGUUGGAGACUACCUGGGGCUAGAGGAGCGGCCUGAGUUGCGUCAGUUCCUGGCCAAGAGGGAACGAGUGGACUUUGCCGACUCAGUCACCAAGUAUGACCGCCGCUUCAAGCCUAUCAAACGGGACUUGAUCCUGACCCCCAAGUAUAUAUAUGUGAUUGGGAGAGAGAAGGUAAAAAGGGGACCAGAGAAGGGUCUGAUUCGUGAAGUCCUGAAGAAGAAAUUGGAAAUUCAGGCCCUCCGAGGGGUGUCCCUCAGCACCCGACAGGAUGACUUCUUCAUCCUCCAAGAAGAGGCUGCUGACUCCUUCUUGGAAAGCGUUUUCAAGACUGAAUUCGUCAGCCUUCUGUGCAAGCGCUUUGAAGAGGCAGCACGCAGGCCCCUGCCCCUCACCUUCAGUGACACACUACAGUUUCGGGUGAAGAAGGAAGGCUGGGGCGGAGGCAGUACCCGCAAUGUUACCUUCUCCCGAGGGACAGGUGACUUGGCUGUGCUCAAGGCUGGGGGCCGAGCUCUCACUAUCAGCAUCAGGGACGGACUGCCUAAGAGCACCAAACCUACAAGAAAGGGGUUAGCCCAUGGAAGACCUCGAAGGUCAGCACAGGCCCCGACUCGAGCAGCCCCUGGGCCCCCCAGAGGCCUGAAUCGAAAUGGGGUACCACCCUCUUCUAGGGCAGGGCCUCUACCCAUGGAGAUCACAUCUGGAAGGAAUUCCCAGAGGCCCCCUCAGGGCCCUCCAUCCUCAACCCUAGGAGCCAGCAGACGUCCUCGGGCGCGGCCACCUUCUGAACACAACACAGAAUUUCUCAACGUGCCUGACCAGGGUGUGGCAGGCAUGCAAAGGAAGAGAAGCAUAGGGCAGAGACCUGUGCCAGGAGUGGGCCGGCCCAAGCCUCAGCCACGAUCACAUGGCCCAAGGUGCCGGGCACUGUACCAAUACAUAGGCCAAGAUGUGGACGAACUGAGUUUUAACGUGAACGAAGUAAUUGAGAUCCUCAUGGAAGAUUCUUCUGGCUGGUGGAAGGGCCGGCUGCAUGGCCAGGAAGGUCUCUUUCCAGGAAACUAUGUGGAGAAGAUCUGAUUGUCUACCCACCAGCCAGCCUGCUUGGCUGCCAGGGAGCCACGCCCUACCAGAGGGAGCCUUGAUUACUCUGCACUGGCCAGAACGCUCAGGCCUGAGGCCUCCAGCCCAGUGGGGGCCUUGUAUAUGGAGAAUCAGCACUGUAGCACCCCACGCCUGGUGCUAGUUUCCUGCGGGUUGAAUUGCUCUCCAAGUCUCCAUUUUAUCACUUAUCCAAUAGGAUUUGCUGCAGUAUCUACCUCCCAGCCACCUUGUGUGUAUGAAAUGAAUCAGGUCCUGCCCUGUGAGCAAAGGGCUGUGCACGGUCCAGGGUUAGGGAAGUUUGACAAUCAGGCCUUUCCAUCUUCUCUCAUCACUGAGGCAAUAAACAUGUCAGGUAAAAGCAAGGAGUAAAUUACUGAGUUCUGGGGCUGGGAAUAUGGCUUAGAUGGUGGGGCACUUGCCUUGCAAGCAUAAGGUUUCAUCAGGACAGCAGAAAACUGGGCAUAGUGGUACACGCCUAUGACCUCAGGACUCAGGAGAUGGAGAUAGGGAGAUCAAGAGUUCAAUGUCAUCCUUGACUAUGUAGCUGUUGGUUUUUUUAAACUUUAAAAAUAUUUAUUUAGCGUGUGUGUGUGAGAGUGUAUGUGUGAGUGUGUGCAUAUGUGCACACACACAUCAGAAGACAACUCUGAAGUUAGUUCUCUCCUUCUACCAUGCAAAUUCCAGGAGUCAAAUCAAACUCAGAUGAUCAAUCAGGCUUGGUGGUGAGGGCUUUAACCCUAGUGGGGAUAUAACAAGCCCCAACAUAGCUGAUUUUGAGGAUGUCAUGGGCUAUAUAAGAUCCUUUCUGUGGUGUGGGGGUGGGGGAGGUAAGGAAGACUGCCCAGGAAAGCCAUUCUGGUCCUUUUCACUUCAGCUUUGCCUCAGGAAACCAACCUUUGCUGUAAAAAGAAGCACAAGGAUGCAGCUGGGCCACAUCUGGCCUCUUGUUGGCCGAUCAUUCCACAAAAGCAUUUCACAGUCCUUGAGUGUGGCUGAACCACUCAUCUAUGAGUUCUUUUACACUCUAUUGAAAGAGUACUUGCUUAACAUGGAUUACACCCAGAGCUAAGAGAGACAGACAGACAGAGAGACUUACUAUAUACACCAGGCUAGCCUUGAACUCCUACAGAUCUGUCUGCUUUGCCUCCUAAGUGCUGAAAUUAAAGACAUGCGUCCUCUGCCUGUUUUCAAAAAAUAAUUUUAAAAAUUAAGAUUUAUUUAUUUUAAAUGUUUUAAAAAAUUUUGAUACUAUAAAAUAAUCAUUUACUUGUCCUAAAUAUAUAAAGGCAACCUAGUCAAUGUGUACAGUGUCAUUUGUAGCCAGGCAUAGUGGUACACACCUGCGAUACCAGCACUCGGAGAUGGAGGGAGGUACAUCUCUGUGAGUUUGAGGACAGCCUGAUCUACAAAGCAAGUCCAGGACAGCCAGCCAGAAGUGUUACACAGAGAAAUCCUGCCUCAAAAUAAAUAAAUAAAUAUUUGAAAAUCA